AUGUUCUUCUCUAGGAGUCGUAUUGCGGCAUUACGCAGGCCAUCAACAUGCGCAUAUUUUGGCCUGCCAAGAUGGAGCCGGAGCCUACUCACCCUCGCGAUCGAGUCGUCAUGUGACGACACAUCGGUUGCGAUAGUGGAAAAACGGACCAACCCCCAAGGCGGAGAUCAGGCUAAGAUCCAUUUCCUGGAGAAUAUCACCGCCGAUUCUCGCGCCCACCGCGGGAUCCAUCCGAUCCUUGCUCUCGAAUCGCAUCAGGAGAAUCUCGCCGAUUUGGUCAACAAAGCUCUCAGGAGUCUUCCACCCGCGAAUGACGGACCUCAGUCCAUCCGACUAGCAGACGGUUCGGUCCGCCAGCGGCCAGAUUUUGUAUCCGCGACCAGGGGUCCAGGGAUGCGCUCCAAUUUGUCGGUUGGACUGGAUACGGGCAAAGCCCUCUCGGUUGCAUGGCAGGUGCCCAUGGUGGGCGUACACCAUAUGCAAGCGCACCUGCUGACACCUCGACUGGUGUCUUGUCUGAACCACAGCGCUGAUUCGAACGUCGCCUCCCCUGCAUUUCCAUUUCUUUCUCUCCUCGUCUCGGGCGGCCAUUCUAUCAUAGUACAUUCUCAAUCCUUGACCAAUCACAAGAUCAUGGCAUCUAGCGAUGACAUCGCCAUGGGUGAGACGCUCGACAAAGCAGCGCGCGAAAUUCUCCCUCCGACGCUCCUAGAGGAAGCAAAGACAACCAUGUAUGGUAAGACGCUCGAGCAGUUCGUCUUCCCUAAUGGACCUACCGAUUUCGCCGAGUACCGUCCACCAAUGACGCGUGGCGAGGAAGUCAUCAAGCGCAAGAGCAAAUGGGGAUGGAGUGUCACGACUCCGUUUGCAAACACGCGUGCUCUGCAAUUAAGUUUUUCGUCUGUGGCCAGCAUGGUCAACAAGAUCAUCAAGGACAAGAACGGUCAUCUCUCGGACGAGGAACGGGUUGAUCUCGGCCGGGAGGCGAUGCGCGUCUGCUUUGAACACCUGUCAUCGCGCACAAUUAUCGCCCUCGAAGCUCUUCGACUGAGGUAUCGUGACGAGGAGGAGAUCAAGACUCUCGUCGUGAGUGGAGGCGUAGCAGCGAAUAAGUUUUUGAUGCAUGUUCUGCGGUCUUUUUUGGACGCUCGCGGCUUUGAGCAUAUGAAGGUUGUGGCGCCGCCGCCGUAUCUGUGCACUGACAAUGCGGCGAUGAUUGGAUGGGCGGGGAUUGAGAUGUAUGAGGCUGGCUGGCGGACUCGAUUGAGCUGUCGGGCUCUUCGUAAGUGGACGCUCGAUCCAGAGGCUGAAGAUGGUGGUGUUUUGGGACCGACGGGGUGGGUUGCGCUGUAA